CAAAAGCAGGAGAGCAGCAGCGAGAGCUACGGUUGAGGCAAAGUUUUUGGAGGAAGUGACUGGUUUCCAUGGCACCUGAACAGGGAAACAAUGAAAACCCCAAAGACUUCUUCUACUCUCCACCUCCCUGUCAACUCAAAUUUUGUCUCUUUGCAUUAUCCAAUCUGGAAAAAAAAAAAGGAAAAUGCUAUUUUUUUCCCUUCUUCUUCUUCUUCUUCUUCUUCUUCUUUUCUUUCUGUUCUUUCUUUUCUUCUUCUUCUUCUUCUUCUUAUUCUUCUUCUUCUUCCUCCUCAUCUUCUUCUUCUCUUCCUCCUUCAGUCCUCCUGGCCCCACCAUUUUCGCCAAGUGGGACCUACCAGCACCCUCUGCCACAGCCACAAUGCCCGCUUAUUCCCAGAUGCUAUAGGAGGUUGAUGAGGAUGAAGUUUACUGGAGACAAAGGAAGAGCGAUGAAGAGCUGGAAUGGUCACAUAGUUCCACUCACGUAAUAUCCCAAUUGGCUCAAUGUUUUAUUUCUGGUGGUUGUAGCUAAUGCUAUGGUUGGACCGCGAGCAUGGAUAGGAGCACUUUUUAACCGCAAUAGUAGACGAGAAAAGUUUCAUGACUACAAUUUGAGUCCUCUUCAGGAGCAAAGACUUCUAAGGCUUCAAGAACGAUUACAUAUGCCUUUUGACGAGACUCGCCCUGGUCAUCAGGAAGCACUUAGAACGUUGUGGUGUGCUGCCUUUCCAGAUGUUGCCUUGAAAGGCAUGAUCUCUGAACAGUGGAAAGACAUGGGAUGGCAAGGUCCUAAUCCAUCAACUGACUUUAGGGGCUGUGGUUUUAUUUCUCUCGAGAACUUGCUGUAUUAUUCGAGGACUUAUCCGGCAUCUUUUCGUAGGUUAUUGUUGAAGCAAGAUGGCAAGCGGGCAACUUGGGAAUAUCCAUUUGCUGUUGCUGGCAUUAACGUAUCAUUUAUGUUGAUUCGUAUGUUGGAUUUACACUCAGCGAAACCAAAAUGUCUUCCGGGAAUCAAUUUUGUUAAACUAUUAGGAGAAGAUGAAGAAGCCUUCGAUGUGUUGUACUGUAUAGCUUUUGAACUAAUGGAUGCUCAGUGGCUUGCUAUGCAUGCUUCAUACAUGGAGUUCAAUGAGGUUUUACAGGCAACACGGACACAACUGGAGAGGGAACUUUCCUUGGAAGAUGUUCAUCGGAUAAAAGAUUUACCAGCGUACAACCUUUUGUAUCAGUAGCUCUGUCAUCAACCCGAACCCCUUUUAAAAGCCUAAAAAGUUUUCCAGAAAAUUCCACAUUGGAGAAAAGAGUAGUUUAGGCUUGUUGCAGGCUGUAAGAUUUACGAUUUUACAGCAAACGAACCCUGCAGCCAGAGAAGCUGACAGUUACCCUCACUUGAUGAUGAACCCUAUAAAAAUUUUUUGUGACUGAUGCCAAAGUUUUAGCUUCAGAUUAAUCAAACGUCUUGCUUCUCUAAGGUUCCGAAAGUUCUUAGGUGUCCCACGUGCGCAGACCCGGGAAUGAGAUGCGCAAAGUACAAGUUUAAUGUUCCUCCGGAUGGGGCAAUUUUUUCUGUCUGCUAAGAUUGAUGUUGCAGGAUUCACUUCUAGUGGGUGUUGUGUGGAUCAUAUUCUCAUGCUGGAAGGGUUGUGUAUAUGUGGGAAUUAGAGGAGAUGCUACAUAGCCAUUUUGUUGCAGGAUAGUUACUGGUUAGCUAAUCUCUGUACUGUUUGGUGAGUGGGAAAAUUUUAAGCCAUUUUCUCAUGUUAAUUUUCUGGGGUUUAGGUGAAAGUAUUGAAUUCCAGUACAUGAUGAUUAGGUGACUGACAAUACACAUAUCAAUAUAUAU